AUGAAUUUAAUAGUUGAGUUUAAGGUUUGUUAUACAAUCUUAUUUAGCUAAGUGAAUUUUCAAUUCUCUCCAAACCUUUCUCAAUUGGAUUUAAUUGAGGACUAUAUGGAGGUAAAUAGAUAUGUUACAUAUUUUAGGACCUCUUUCUAAAUUGA